UCUGCUCCCUUCAGUUUCUCCUUCCCUUUCUCCUUCCCUUUCCAGCUUCUCUCCCCUACUCCCUGUUCCCCUCCCUCUCUUUCUUUCUCUUUACCACCUACCCUUCCCCGCCCCCCACCUUCCCUCUGCCUCAGCCCUCAGUGUUUGCUUUUCUCCCGGAUGCGGAUGAAAGGGUUGGCCUGCCCGUGCCCUGCCCUAUCCAACUUCUUGGAACUGGGGGCCUGCUUAAUGGCUGAGGGUUCCCGGACGCAGGCAUCGGGUCAAGGGCCUCCUAUCAACGUCCAGUUCCUCCGCGCCCAGUAUGAAGGUCUGAGGAGACAGCAGAGGACCCAAGCCCACCUGAUGGUAUUUCCUAAAGAAGGGACCAUGCUUACUCCAGCUGAAUCUAUGACCAGUGCUGUUUGGAUUAACAAGGAGAGAAAGAGCUCCCUGUCCCCAGAUGAGACGGACUCGGAGGUUGAGGGGACGCUGGAGGACGUGGACAGAAUCUGCCAUCAGGCUCCCGAGACUCCAUGGCACACCUACCUAGAGAUGCAUCGCUUGGUCCAAACCAGCCACCAAGGGAACCCCAAGGGCUACCCUGCAGAGUCAGAACCAAGGCUCUCUCCAGAGGGAGACCCCAAUGUGCUAGAAAACCAUCAGAAGACUCAGCCAGAAACCGAAAUCGCAGAGGCGACCCAAUGUCAAAGUCAGGAGGGCUGUGGCCCACUACAGGCAGCAGGCUCCGGUUUACAAACCGGCAUUCACUGUCUUUCUCCAGCAAAGAACCUACACAGGUCUCAUUACCCAUUUCCCCAGAGGAAACUUCCCAGGAUCUCCCAAGCUGCCCGGAACCUGGGCUUAUAUGGCCCACCCUGAAGCUUUGCACUCAGCCGGAUGUCUCAUCCUUGAGCCAUCGGUCAGCUCAUCAAGGAAUGGCCCAGCCACAACCAGACAGAGCCUUGAACAAUGAGCCACAAUGGCACCACCCCGACUGUUGGAAUCCUGAGAACUCAACUUCUUCAUGGGAAAUGGUCAUUCCUUUCAGCAGUCCGGAGGCUGCCCACCCGAUUGCUUAUGUCAAGAUGAGCGUGUUCUCUCAUCCACGCGGCCCCUUUUAGUCAUAUGGAAAAGCAUCCCAAAUCAUCCUAGAUGGUUUCCCCAUGGCUGGGACCAGUAGAACAUUCGGUCCCAGAAGGAAAGCAGGAACCAUAGUCAGAGAGAUAGUUUCACAAUGUCUGGGGGGGGGUGGGUGUCAUUGGAUAUAGGAGAUCUUUUUUUUUUUUCUCAAUAUUUUCUGAUUCUUUGUAUAUUCUGGGAAGAUCUUUGAGAAUUUAGAAACUUUUUCCCCCCUGGCUAUUCUGUCUGGGGAUUUAGAGACAAUUCAGUUAGCAGCAGGGUUCAUACCUUUUCCUCGUAAGCCUCCCAGACUGUGGUCAGCCCUGGUGGCAGAUCCUUUCCACCUACCGUCCUGUGCUUUCAGGGAGUCCUUGGGGAAGGAUGGUUCCUCUCACCCGUCAUGGAGGUGGUAUAGCCCAGCUUCAUCACAGAUCUGUUUCCCGUCAGCCUUCUCUUCUAUCUUUUCCCCCAUUCUUCCUACCCUUGUGUUCUCUUCUGUCUAUUAACUUCAUAUUAAAAUCC